AUGAACCAGGCCUUUUGGAAGACCUACAAGUCAAAAGUGCUGCAGACCCUGGGCGGAGAGUCUGGGGAAGAGCUAUCAGAAGAGACAGAGAGUCCAGUGCUAGCAGAGCAGGAAGAUGUGCAGCUGACAGAGGAGGCCAGCAACCCCAUGUCCCAGCUGGCCCGAAGGGUCCAAGGUGCUGGGGUGAAAGGCUGGAGGACAAUGUCAUCCUUGUUCAACAAAGAAGACGAGGAUAAGCUCCUGCCUUCAGAACCCUGUGCUGACCACCCCUUGGCAGCACCGCCCCCCACGGAGGAGGCCCCCAAGGGGCCGGGCUUCUGGGAUGCCUUCGCCAGCAGAUGGCAGCAGCAGCAGCAGCAGCAGCCUCCGCAGGAGGCCCAGGCAGCGGCCGAGGCCAUGCUUGGGGAUCGAGGGGCUGCCGAGCCAGACCAGGAGGAUGGAGCCGAUGACCGCGCCGAGCCGGACCCAGCCACUGGCUUCAAGUGGGGCUUCCUAACCAACAAAUUGGCUGAGAUGCGUAGCAAAGCCACCCCCAAAGGAGAUUAGAUGCCCACCCCCUCUCACAGGCCCUCUAGGACCAAGAGCUCCUGCUGUCCCCAUGCUUCUCUGUCCCCCACAGCCACGGGCCCCGGUACAAGGGGACAGAGGAGAUCUGGGGCUGGGGAAGGUGGGUGCCCAUAUCGCCCCUGCCCCAUGAAGAUACUUUUUCCGUCCUUGACCUUAAGCCUCCCCCAACUCCUGGAACAAACUCUGUUCACCUCCCUAUUAGGGCUCCGUGUGCAAUACGAGACUUCAGGAAGAAGAUAUGGGAAAAGCUGGCCACUGAUCCCCUUCUACUUCAUUUUCCCACCCCACCGUGGGCCCAGGCUAGAAAGGCAAAUGGGAAUAGCAGCCACCUCUAGGUACAUAGUGAGAUUAUGAAUGUGCAGCCCUUUGGAACCUUAAUCCAAUAUACAAAUGUUCUCUACUAUCACCAUCAUUAUUAUCAUGAUUCCCCCAGAGCCCUUCCUGAGUCCAUCAGAAAUGAAUCCUCAGUAGCUACUUCCUCACCCUCCAUCCUCCAUCCAUCCCAAUAUAGAACCAGACUUAAAUAAAAUCUACUUUAUUUAGCAUGUCUCCUGGACACAG